GUUAUAUUUUGUAAACGUUUUGCUAAAUAAAAUUAAUAAUCAGUCUCAAUUCAUUAUUAAAACGUACAUAACAUUACAACGUGUAAUUUAAACUUUAACUAUGACUGAACAAGAUACUCAACACUUUAGGAUUUUUUUAAAUCAACUGCAAAGAGAGGAAAGUAGACCGGUUGCUUUAAAUGAAUUGAAAAAUUUGUUAAUUUUAAAACCAGCAGGUGAGGCUAGAAAUACUAUAAGAGAUGCUGGAAUAUCGAAGAUUAUUCACUGCUUAAAUGUAUCUGAAAAAACUGAUAUAGAUUUGGCAUGUGAAGUGUUAAAAAUAUGUUUCGAGAAAUUCCAGCCUGGUGAAAUUAUAGUCAACUACACAGGACAUGUUAUGCAUUUGUUAAGACAUGAAAAAAGCUGUGUACGUAAACUUGCAGUAGAAGAGGUACAUAAAGCAGUAACAGCGGAUACUUGUCUCUUACCUAUACCACAGUAUAUUGAUGUAUUUGUAGCAAUUGCUCAACUUGUUGGUGAUUCUGAUAUUGGUGUGGCAAACAAAGCUAUUUUUAUAACAUCUAAUUUACCAUUUGAGGCAUACCAGAAAGUAUUAGAAGAAAUGAAGAUUAAUUUAGAAUAUUCUGUUAACAGCAAAUGUAACACUUAUGAGGUAAUUAUCAACAUCACAAAAAAAUCUCCUGAGCUAUUUCAACUCACUGCUGAUAGUGGUUACAUUGAUCACAUGCUGGCAGAACUUUCAACAAGUGAUAUACUUUACCAUCUCAACAUAAUUGAACUGUUGUCGAGAUUGGCUGUGAAACCCUAUGGAAUAAAUUAUCUUGUCAAGCAAGGAGUAUUGAAGAAAAUCUCUGAUCUAUUCAUAGACCUUCCAAAUAUUCCAUGUGGAGGUUUAUUGCUUCCUGGUUACAUGAAGUUCAUUGGCUGUAUUGCUCACUACUAUCCAAGAGACAUAUUUGAAAAAUAUCCUGUAUUGAUUGAAUCAAUGUUUGAUAUAUUAGAUAAUGGUGAUCAAUCUGUUGUGCCUGUUACUUUGGACACAUUUGGUUUCAUUGGUUCUACAAUUGAAGGGAAAUUAUGUUUGGCUGCUUUAGGAAGUAGAUAUACUCAGGCUAUUGAAGGCUUAAGCCAAAUUAUUAAAAAUAGCCCUACAGACAUCAAAGUUCGUGCAUUACAUUGUUAUGCAAAUUUAAUUAGUAUAGAAUCUGAUCCAAAUAUACAAUCAAAUGCACCAGUAGAUCACAGAGUAACGCUCAUGACCAGAGAAUGGUUUAGAAGCCUUAGUUAUCGGCCUAACUCAAUGGAAUAUUUGUUUGAUUUGUGUAAAAAUCCUUUUCCUGAUAUAAAAUUAAGUGCCUUUGCUUUACUUGAUGCUGUCUGUCAACAUCACUGGGGCCAAGAACUAGUAGCAACAACAGCAGGUUUCAUUGAAUACUUACUAGAUCGUAGUGUUGAUCACACAAAAGAAACAAAAGAAGUAAAAUAUGACAUUAUUAGAAGGCUAUCUAGUUCGGCUGCAUUUGAUGCUAAUAUUAUAACAAGACUCCAAACUUACGUAGAUCAAGGACCAUUUUAUUCUGAAGUUAUGCUAGAAGUUGCAAUGGAAGACGGUGACUGAAUCAAAGAUUUUAUGUUGCCUAUUUAUGUAUUUAAAUUGUAUCGAUGAAGGAAAUAUAUGUUGUUACAGUAAAAUAACUUUCUAUUUAACAAGAAUAAAUUAUGUUCUAUUAUUUUCUUCUUUUAUUUUUUGUAGAUGUCUCUGCUUUAGGAGUUGCUCUUCGUUUAGGUGCUUUUGAUGCUUUACCACCAUAUUUUUCGGCCAGGUUAUCAAGAAAAGAAUCUAGUUGUUGGGCUCUGGAAUUUUGCUUCUGUUUUAUCAUUACUUCUAAAUUAUUUGCUUCUGAAAAAUAAAAUUAUUUGCAAUAAUUUCAUAUACUUGAA